AUGACACAGAGGAAGUAUGCCUUAGAACUCCUUGAAGAAACAGACUUCCUAUUUUGUAAGCCAGCAAAGACUCCCAUGGUUACAUCUAUUAAGCUAAGCAAGAAUACUGGGGAGAGACUAGAGGACACCACUCAGUAUAGAAGGUUGAUAGGCAAAUUGCUCUAUCUCACAAUAACAAGGCCUGACAUCUGUUAUGGUACUCAACAGUUAUCUCAGUUCUUGGACUGCCCAACCAAUGAACACAUGCAGGCAGCUCACAGGGUCCUUAGGUACAUCAAGGCUUCUCCAGGACAAGGCCUCUUCUUUUCAGCAAAUACCUCCUUGCAACUAAAGGGAUUUACAGAUUCAGACUGGGCAUCUUGUCCAGAUACCAGAAGGUCAAUUACAGGUUUCUACACCUUCUUAGGCAGCUCCCUAAUCUCUUGGAAGUCCAAGAAACAAGUCACUAUCUCCAGAAGCUCAUCAGAGGCUGAAUACAGGGCUCUAGCCACAACAGCUUGUGAAAUGCAGUGGUUGUUAUAUCUCCUGCAAGAUCUAGGGAUAUUUGAUACAUCUCCAGCCACAUUGUAUUGUGAUAACAAGUCAGCCAUUACUAUAGCUGAGAAUCCGGUGUUCCAUGAGAGGACUAAGCAUAUAGAAAUUGAUUGCCACUUGGUAAGAGAGAAGUUAUUAAAAGGGACUCUAAAGCUUCUACAUGUCUCCACAACCAAUCAGUUAGCUGAUGUCUUUACAAAGCCUCAACCUCAGACUAACUUCAACUUUUUGAUUUCCAAGCUGAACCUACAUAACAUGUAUGCUCCAGCUCGCGGGGGAGGGGGGGGGUGUUAA